AUGGAUGGACCAAGCAACGCUGUUGUUGCAACACAAGUGCAUGAGGUGCAAGUGAGUCCAGCGCGGGUGUCACAGGGUGCACUUGUGCUGGGGGCAGACCAAGACCUGCAGUCGGAGCAGCAGGUGGAGCUGAAGAAUCGUCUGGAUGAGGUACUCCAGUGUGUUGCCAACCUGCGGGAGGAGGUCUCAGAUCUUAGGAGCAGCCUGCAGGGCAUUGUUGUGCAGAUUGUCCAGGACGUGAAGACUGGCAUAGAGGAGAGCCAGAAGGCUGCGCGGCGGCGCAGGCACUUUUUUCCACGUGAGCGAAGUGACUCCCAGAGCUCCAGCUCCAUCUACUUCACAGCCAGCGGUGCCAGCCUGUAUGAUGGGGAGAGUGAGGGGGGGUACACCACGGCCAACCCAGAGUCUGACUACAAUGGAGACACGGACAGGGACACUGAUCGGGAGACAGACAAGGAGACGGAGAGGGACAGCGAGGAUGAGGACGAACAGAGCUGUGCCACGGUGCGAACGCUGAAGCAGGACUCGCAGGAAGAGGAGGAGGAAGACGAGGAGAACUCGCUGCAGCUGGAUGCUGAAUGGUCCACGGAGGAGCUAGCUGGCCUCCUGUCCCAGUGCGAUGCACUGCAUUCUGGGAGCACCCAGGAGAAGGCAGAGGGGUUUCAGCUGCUCUGCAGCAAUAAGCCCAUGUAUGGAGGGAACAAAGAGUUUCUGUGGCGACUAGCUCGUGCUUACAAUGACAUGUGCGAGACCACUGAGGACAAAGAAGAGAAGAAGUUAUACGCUGAACAAGGACGUGACGAGGCUGCAGCGGCGCUGCAGAUGGACAACCUGAACGCGGAAUGCCACAAGUGGUUCGCAGUUCUCACCGGCCUGACCUCACACUACGAGAGCAUGCAUGGCAAACUGAAGAGCAGCCACAUAUUUAAGGAGCACAUUGACAAAGCCAUUGCCCUGAAGGCUGAUGACCCCCUGUGCUUCUACCUGCUGGGGAGGUGGUGCUAUGAGGUGGCGUCUUUGGGAUGGCUGGAGAAGAAGGCUGCCACCGCCCUGUACGAGACCCCUCCCACCGCCACGCUGCACGACGCCCUGGAGAACUUCCUCAAGGCUGAAGAACUUAGCCCGGGCUUCUCCAGGACAGCCAGGCUUUACAUCGCCAAGUGCUACAAGGAACUGGGGAACAUUUCUGAGGCGAAGAACUGGGCCGAGCUCGCCUUCAAGAUGCCCAAGGUCUCUGAGGACGGAGACAACGCCGGUCUGGAAGAAGCGUUAGAGGCCCUGAGGAACUGAGGAGCGCGUCUUUCAGGUGGGGGAACAAUAGGGGCCCACACAGGAGGAGGCCCGGGGACCCCCACCGAUGUCAGGGAGGCCAGAGGAUGUUGAUCUGUAACACGCAGUUGCCCUGAAUGUACAUUAUGUUCUCCACCUCCACUGAACAACGAGUGGCCUAACCUGGCCCCACACGGAAACAGUCUCUCUCAUGUAACAGCAAGCACCAAACACAUUCUUUCAUAUGUACUGCAUAGCGCAGCACGUCACACUGACCAUCUUUCUCACAUACAAAAGGACAGCUGUCCAGCUGAUACAGGAAUGUGCAUGGAAGAGAGCUGGUUCUUGGGUUAAUUUUGCAGUGCUAUACAUGGCCACCAGAAAAAGAGACCUCAUCGAUAUGGAAAACCAUGUGCUUGCAGUUUGUUCCAUGUAUGUAUGACCUGGGUGCCAUUUUCCCUCCUUGUUCCCUGAGAGUGAUUACGCUUGUUUGUUAUAUGAGGGAAAUUUGAAUCAGAAUCUUAGGAAAUCAGAGUGUUCUUCCCAAAUGUAAUGACACUGAGGAAAUGCAGAUUGUGGCAUUACCAUAGAUACAAAGUUUUGAAUAUGAAUGCUAAGCCAUAAGCCAUUUUCUUGCUUGUUUUGAAGGAUGAAGUAUUUUGUAUUCUGUAUUUGUGUAAGGAUGUACGUCAGCCCACAAAAUUACUAACAUGCACUUAAAUAUAAAUAAGUCAGUUUAUACUAAAUGCAAGUAAUUGCAUUUUGAUCGUUGUUUUGAACAUAUUGGAAAAUGUGCAUAAAACUAACUGGUAACUAGCCACGGUCAAAUUGUUGUUUGCCCCACCUUUUCAGCAGUUGAUUAAUAUGAAAUCAGUAGCACAGAGGACAUAUUUCAUCAUAACAAAUCAAAUCUUUUACCCUGUUAUUGCCCAGCACCCUCCACCUGUUUAAGACCAGUCUUGAGUCAGUUUUUAAAUAUGCAAGGUAGUACUGUGGCCAUGAUUGGAGAUGCUGUUAAAUAAUCCACAUCACUUUGAUGAUGAUGCAAAUCAGAAAAAGGGGAGUUUUACUCUGUGAUGCCAAACAGACUAGAAAAUAUUCAGGUUUUGGUGUCACGAUAAAAUUUUAUGCAUAUACCCAGACACACAUUA